GCCGAGACACCGCCUUCCUCUCCUCAGAGCUGCCCAACUCUCCGAGUGGGGAGGAGUAUCCAGUUCCCCGCGAGAAAACGGGACCCUGGAGAGUUUAGGGCGCCAUUGACGCGGGCAUCUUCGGCGUCCCUCGUCCUCCGUGUUUUACUACUUCUGCCCGAAACAGAACAGUCGCAAGUGGCCCGAUUCGGCUUCCGAACCUUCGAAACCUUGGAUCUCUCCCGAGGCCCGCGGUGCCCCAAGGUUCUUUUCCGCCCCUUCGAAGGCCACGCCGUCCUGCGAAUCACAAGACCAAAAGCGCAAUCCCGUACCUGGCGCAAAGUUCGGUCACCUGUUCCGGGCGAGGAAGUGUGAGAAGGCGCGUCGAGAGGUGGGCGGGAGGAAAGUUUUGGGAAAGGAAAGCUGAGCGGCUCCUAAAAAAAGUUCGCGGAGAAUAGAUUCUUAAAAAGUUCGCCGGACUCCGGAGAGGAAGAGAUGGCGGCCGAGAAAGAACGAUUGGGGAAUGAUAUUAUGAGCGGCUGGUAGACUUAAGUCGAUUGAAGUUCGGGACGUUUCGGAGGAACCGCCGGUGAAGAGCCAGUUAGGAGAGUAGGAUGUGAUGCGAAGAAAAAAGGUUUGGAAGCGAAUCGCGGAAGAUCUCUUGGCUGAGAUUGUCGGGGGUCGCUGGAAAGGAUAGGUGCGCCACGCCGGGCGUCGCCUGGGACCCCUUGCCUGAACUCCCUCGCGAAGGAGGGGCGCGUUUCGGAGAACUGGCCUUAGUUUGAUGGCCUCUGACUGCAGCAUGAGGACGAACAGCGGAGGCCCCGAGGGCGGGAACGGUGCCAGUUGCUCGCCUUGCAACAUCAGCUACACCCUGCCCAUCAUCUCUUCCAACAAGCUCCCGGACCAGCGCUUCGUCAGCCGCGGGGCCUACGGGACCGUGUCCUCCGCGCGUCACGCGGACUGGAGGAUCCCGGUGGCUGUCAAAUCCUUGCAGGGCAGCCUGUUAGAAAGUGAGAGAGACAGUCUCUUAAAAGAAGCUGAAAUUUUACAUCAGGCAAGGUUCAGUUACAUUCUGCCAAUUUUGGGAAUUUGCAAUGAACCUCAGUUUCUGGGUAUUGUGACAGAAUAUAUGCCUAAUGGAUCACUGAACCAACUUUUAUAUGAGAAAAACAUCUAUCCCGACAUUGCUUGGUCACUCAGGUAUCGCAUUUUGUAUGAAAUUGCUUUGGGAGUAAAUUAUCUUCACAACCUGAGUCCUCCACUCAUGCACCAUGAUUUGAAGACCCAGAAUAUUUUACUUGACAGUGAGUUCCAUGUUAAGAUUGCAGAUUUUGGUUUAUCAAAGUGGCGCAUGGUGUCCAUGUCACUUUCAAAAGGAGAUAAAUCAAUGUCUGAGGGAGGGACCAUCAUUUACAUACCACCUGAAUGUUAUGAUACCAGCAAAAUAUGUUCAAGUGUAAAGCAUGAUAUAUACAGCUAUGCCAUUAUUAUGUGGGAAGUGAUGUCAAGAAAAAAACCAUUCGAAGACGUUAUACAUUACUUGCAAAUUAUGUUUAGCAUGUCACAAGGGAAGCGUCCAGAUGUUGGGGAAGAGACUUUGCCCCUUGAUAUUCCUUACCGAGAAUUGGUGGUGUCUUUAAUGGAAUCUGCUUGGGCACCCAAUCCAGAGGAAAGACCAUCUUUUUCAAGGUGCUUAAUAGAUCUUGAAUCUGUGAUGAGGACCUUUGAAGAGAUACCUAUGCUUGAAGCAGUAAUAGAUUUAAAGAGGGCCAAAGAACACUAUGAGUGGAGUUGUGUUCAUUUGCCUAACAAGAUAUCCAAUGAUGAAUCAAUGUCUUUAAAUAUACCACUGAACACUAGUAUACAACAGAAUUCCUGUUCAUCCCAAGAUGAUCAAUCUUAUCCAUCAAGUGUUCCCAAAAAUAUAUCAAAACCAUGCAACCUCCUUUCAGAUGUUAAGGAUGAACCACACUCGCUGAUCAGUUAUGUCCCACACUCCCAGAUUACUCAGUCUUGCGUAUCUCAACAAAGUUCCUCAUCUAACACAGAUAGUUCUAAUUCAUCAAAUUCCAUUCCAGGCUUGCUACAGAUAUCAGGAGCUAAUCCAGACUUUAUAUUCAGGACUAUGCCGUCACAAGAUUCUGCUGUAGCUCAUACUUGGAUCCAAACUAAAAGAGAGGAUAUUGUCCAUCAGAUGACCGACACUUGCAUUAACCAGUGUUUAGAUGCCCUUGUCUCCAGGGAUUUAAUCAUGAAAGAGGAUUAUGAACUCGUUAACACCAGACCUACAAGAACCUCAAGAGUCAGGCAACUGCUUGAUACUACUGACAGUCAAGGAGAAGAAGUCGCUAGAAUCAUAGUGCAAAAACUGAAAGAUAAUCGACAGAUGGGGCUUCAGCCUUAUCCAGAUAUACCUCCUGCAUCCAGGAGCACUUCUUUGCAUCUGUAAAUGUCAGGACUUGCAAUCUGGAUUCCUAUUUCUGAAGUACCUCUUUAUGUUUCUGCUGCAUGGUUCUAAACUGAAGGUCCUAGUUUGCUUGCUCAGGGAGAGGGCAUCUGGCAAAUGAAAGUAUUACACAAAUGUUCUUACCAUUUUUAAAAAUAACAACACACUUGGUCUUUCCUCACUGAAUAAAUUUGUAUUUUGUGGAAUUAUUAAAAAGAAAAUACAAAUUAUGCAAAGGAUAUAAAAUACAAAAGAAUAGGCAACUCCGUAGGGCUUCCUGUUUUUUUGAAGCAUUCUGUCGAUCAAAUCUGUUUUUAAAUAGGGAAGGAUUACUGGGUUAGUGAAUUAAUAGGAUUGUUCUAAAACACUACCCUUUAUAAAGUAUUCUAUAUGAAUAGGAACCACUUACACAUGAAUUUGCUUGUCUUUGAACAUGUGCUUUGUAGCAAAAUAUGCAUGCUCUAUUUGGCUAUGCCGAAUAUUGACCAGACCUAAUGUAACAAACCCCAGAUGUAUUUUGGAAUGCACUCACUACCGUUUUUCAACUUUGUAAAAUGGGGGGCGGGGUGGGGAAGAGCAGUCUGUAAGUUAUUAUUGAAAGGGACAUGUUCUCUGUUCAUGAUCUUCAAAGAACAUCUCAAGCCCAGAUUUGCCUGGCCCAGGGCAUAAGAACAUUAAUUCCCCCAAAGAGUAGAACCUUGUACAAAUGGAUUGUGCUGGAAUUUAGAAAAGAUCUAUAUGGGCCCCAUUGAUUAUAGCUCAAAUUAUUCAUUAAUACUUUGCUAAGACGGAAAGCAAUUCGGUAUACCUAAACUCGAAAGUAGGUGUGACAAGGUGGCUAUAACAGCCACUUCUGCUUCAAGAAGAAACACUUUAAAGACACUGAGGAAUAGAAGGGAACCAGACAUAAGAUUUUACCUCACAAUGCCUCAGUCAACUCAUAAAACAUUUUGUAUACAUGCUUUAUAGUUGACAACAGAAAGAAGGGAGGGAGUUUCAAA